AUGAGCAACGAACUUCAAGAAAACAGCCGCCGGGAAUCAUUCCUCGUAUCCCCGGAGAGUGACAACAUCCAGAGCCCCGAUAUAGCCCGGCACAUGGAUGAUGACGACACGCAUGAGAAGGAGUGCUUCAACCCGAUCGAGCUCGACGGCCCAAUCGUCCCACGUGAGAGACACUUCAGCGAGACAUUCUCCGCCAUAGCUCCACAAGUCAUCAGCACGAACAUCACCUGGCCAGACUCAUCCAGCCUCAACACAACGGAGAAGUCGGCAGCGGCCGAAGUUGCUGUCGUGCCAAACGAGAGACAUACUGGUUUAGUUCCGAGGGGGGCCGGCACACUAUGGAGGCGGAUGUCCAAGACAGUCCGGAACGUUCUGAUCGUGCUUGUGAUCUUCGUCGUCAUUGUAGUGGUCGCCAGUGUCCUUGGGGUCCUCCUCGGCCGCCGGCACAAGAGCAGCGAGGGCCUAGUCGAAGGCCAGUACGACAUCCUCGGCACAUCGAGGCUGGCCGCAGUGACUUUCCAGAACGAGGGCAACAUCACAGACAAGUCGGUCUUCUUCCAGCACUCGCCGUCGCUGGCCAUCAUGCGGGCGCGGUGGAAUGACUCCGCCACGGGAUGGACGUUCGAGAACGUGUCGCAGUCCAUGAUGGACGGCGGCUCAUCCAUCUUCCCAAAGGCCGGCACGCCCCUCGUCGCCGUGGCGCCGGAUGCCGUGGAUCGGGAGGACCUACCGCACUUCUGGGUUGAUCUAUAUUUUAUGUCGCUGUCCAAUGUGCCUUACCAGAUCUGGACGUGGAGUGUGCCGCAGACAGACCCUUCCAAAGACCUGCUGUGGCACCAGGAGGGCCUGCAGACAUACCAGGUCAUCUUCACCACACAAUUCGCGCGGGGCACGCAGCUGGCCGCGUAUCGCGACCAGUGCGCGGCCGACAUUUGCUCGCAGGACAGCCGGCUGCUGUAUCAGGGCGCCAACAACGACCUCAUGCUCGCGUCAAGCCCGGUCAGCAACUGGAUGAUAUGGAACGUGACGAACCUUUCGGGCGACGGGGUGCCUGAGCUGCAGCUGCCCGAGCUAGAGACGAACUCCAGCCUUGCCGUGACCCGGUUCUCGCCCGGCCCCGGGGUGGAGCCCAGCGGGAUGCGGAUGUAUUACGACGUGAGUCAUCAGUUGGAGGAGUACAUAUUCGUGAACGGGACGUGGACGAACGGCAGUUUCGAGGCAUCCCUAGACGACCAAGUCACGCCCCCCGAGGUGGCCGUCGUGGCGUAUGCGAAUGAGAUUGGUGGCGGCCUAGACCACACCCUCCUCACCAUCCUUUUCCAGAAUGGCACCGUUGUCGUUCACUGGCAGGAGUCGCUCGACGGACCAUGGCAGAUGGGGUUUGCGCCGGCCGAGGUGAAUGCGACAGCUCUCGCUGUGGAUUAUGACCUACGGGCGUAUUUUCUGUCUCCUAGGGGGCAGAUCCAGGAGUGGCAGAUCGAUAGGUCUGAUCCGACUGCGUGGAGCUGGUUUGCUCCUCACAUGCUAGCCGCCUGGCUUCGCAUCGUCUCGAAGAAGCUGUCAAUACGGCCGCAACCUCCCAUGGCCCCGAACUAUGGCCCUGGCGCCCUGGCCCAGCACGGCCAGCAGGCGCCUUUGACCCCGACCUCUAUGAGCAGGUGGUCCGUUUCUACCAAACAGCUACCACCCGCGGAGGACAUCAAGUCACUACACAUCUACGACUUUGACAACACACUAUUCAAGACCCCCUUGCCCAACCAGAAGCUAUGGAAUGGAAUGACGAUAGGCCUCCUCUCCAACCAGGACGCCUUCGCCAAUGGCGGUUGGUGGCACGACUCGCGCAUCCUCGAGGCAACAGGCGAAGGCAUCGAGAAGGAGGAACCGCGUGCAUGGGAUGGCUGGUGGAACGAGAAGAUCGUGGAGCUUGUGAGGCUCAGCAUAAGGCAGAAGGACGCCCUGUGCGUGCUCCUGACGGGGCGGUCCGAGUCUGGCUUCGGCGAGCUCGUCAAGCGCAUCGCGGCCUCCAGGGGUCUGGACUUCGACAUGGUCUCGCUCAAACCUGCCGUCGGCCCCAACAACGAGCGGUUCAACUCCACCAUGCACUUCAAGCAGGUCUUUCUGCGGAAUCUCAUGGAGACGUAUAAGCCUGCCGAAGAGAUCAGGGUCUACGAGGACCGUGUGAAGCACGUCAGGGAUUUCCGUGACUUCUUUCAGGAGUACAACAAGAGACUACAGAUCGCUGGCGCGGGGGCUGCAAGGAGUCCCAUACUCGCCGAAGUCAUCGAGGUCGCAGAUAUGUCCACGAAUCUGGAUCCUGUGGUGGAAAUUGCCGAAGUACAAAAAUUGAUCAACGAUCACAACGACACAGCCCUGAGUCGAGCCAAGGCGAAGGAGAAGCUGGUGAUGAAGAAGACAGUCUUCUUCACGGGUUACAUGAUCGAUCAGGCGGAUACUAAGAGGCUGCUCACUUUGGCCCAGAUCCCCCAAGGAGUUCCCGCCCAGGACCUAAAAUACCAUGCCAAUAACAUCAUGAUCUGUCCGCGGCCUUGUCCAGCUAGUAUUCUGGAGAAGGUAGGUGGCAUGGGUAGUAAGAUGAAGUGGGUAGUCACAGGAACGGCCUGCCACGACAACAGCAUAUGGGCUGCAUGUUUGAGGCCUGUUCCCAGCACCGCGAAAUUCCAUACCGAUAACCCCAGCCCGCUCGUGGUCCUGGCAUUACGAAAGGGGGCCAAACCUAUCGAUGCUGCCAAGAUCAAGAACUGGCAACCUGUCCCACCCGACAAGGCCUUCGAGUUUGAGACAACCGUCAACGAGAAGGUGCUUUUGAGGAUCGAGCCAGAGGACCCUAGUGAGAAUGCUUACGAGAGCCUGUUCCCCAACAAGACUUCUAAGAGGAAAUACGCGGGCGACGAUUCUCCGAAUGACCGGGGCAGUGGCCAUUUCAACCAGCGGAAGGAGCAUUUCAACAACCAGAACAACAGCGGCAAUAACAAUAAUAACCACGGCGGAGGAAGAGGCCGAACAGCCUUUGGUCAGUUCCGCGGCGGCGGAGGGGGCUUUCGCGGGGGCCAGGGAGCCAAGGGCGGACGAGGCGGGGCACGCGGCCGCGGGGGGCGCGGCGGGCGAGGCGGCAACCAUUACCGCUCGCUGGACGACGUCGGCACGCGGGACUUCAGCGGCUCGUCGAGGCCCAACGGUGGCGCUUCCGGAGACGAAAACAAGGAAAACAAAUACCAGCAUAAACCCAUCAAGAGGUCCCAUGAGAGUAGCAGGGACCCUGCGCCUCUGGCUGCGGCCAAGGGGUUUGGCGUAGAGCGCGCCGCGAGGACUACAUGCCAGGUCAAUGUCAAGAUGACAGGCUUCGGCGGCGUGAGGCCUGACUUCUCCCGUAACUCGUCCGCGCGUUUACCAACCGCGCCCUGGAAUCGUGUUGCCCCCCGGCUGUACAUGGACAUGGACGACGUGCGCGACGACGUCCCCGAGGCGGCAGACCUACAAGACUAUUACUAG